AUGGACAUCGAAAAAGCUAUUAGAGACUUGCACCCCCUUGGUGGGCAGGUGGUGCCUAUACGGACUGUUCAGGAGACACGGCCGGUGGAAGAAUUCGCCGAUGCUUUCGUCGCAGAAGUCAAUGUCAAGGCCGCAUCAAAGGUCAUCAAGGCCCUCGAUUCUGCAUUUCCAAAAGACCCAAGCCUCCCACUAUCCCACCUUCGCCGUUUUGCCAAAAGAGAGAUGCUCCCACAACCACUGAGAGAGGCAAUAGAGGCCCAGAAUGCACCGGCUGCACCAGGUCAAACAUUAUUUGUCCUUCUCUCCCCGCCUUUACCCGAUGUCGAGAAACUAAAGGCCAUCCUUGCCCCAUUUGCGCCAGCGCCUGCACCCGCUACACCCAAUGCCACAGCUACAGAUGGUGCAGCAGACGAAUCCUCGGUCCAAACAAUACACCUCCAACCUGUAAAAAUCCCGCUGUGCCCUCCUUUCAACACCACCCAAGCCGAGACAUGGACCAAGACUCUCUGGCCAGUCGUCUUCAACCCAGCUGCACCACGCUCUUUCGUCGCACCACCCCCUCAAACCCUAGCUCGUGCCCAAGAAUCAAUCGAGCCGCACGCAGGAUACUUCCUAUCCCUUGCGCACCUCGUCGCCCAAGAAGCAGAACAAUCAGGCCUAGGCCGUGGCGUUGGCGCAGUAAUCGUCGAUCCAGCAAUCACCUCUGAAUCCAAACAAUGGGACGAAGCAGUCCUAGCAGUCGCUGGUGACGCACGAUACUCCCGACCAGAAGGUGGUGCCCCAUCCCAAGCCCAGCAACACCCAGACAUCACCCCCAACCCCGCCAGCAAAACAUAUAACGCAGAUCUAGAAGGCGGGCCAGAGCUGCACGCCUUGAUGCGCGCAGUCGAGCUUGUCGCGCGCUGGCGUAGAGAAAAUGACCGUGAAGACCCAUCACUGGAAUGUGAUGCCCUGAGUCCGCUCGAAUCUCACUUUUUAUAUCGUCAUCAUCCUGACCCUGUGCCUCUUUCACCUUCCUUGAAGAGGAAACAUGAGGAUCCUACUGAGUCUGAUAUUGUUGAUGAAUCUGAUCUGCAUGUCCCGCUCCCUGGUCCGCCUUCGGUUGAUCAUUCUGUCCCUGCGCCUGCAACGCCGCGCAUUCGCACCCGUGCUCAGGGUGGUUAUCUCUGUACAGAUCUUGAUGUAUAUCUUUCUCAUGAGCCCUGUCUUUGUUGCUCGAUGGGGUUGCUUCUUUCUCGGUUCCGGGCUGUGAUUUUCCCUCGGGGAGGGCGAUUGGAGAGUGGUGGACUUGCUUCAGAGCCUGUUGUUGGACCCGUUGCUGAAGAGGAUCCGGCAGAGGCUGGAUCUAAUUGUGAGAGAGGUUACUAUGGGCUACAUUGGAGAAAGGAGUUGAAUUGGCGGGCUCUUGGGUUUGAAUUCGUGGAGGAUGUCGAUGUGGAGACUCAUACGCCUGUCUUCCAUGCUUGA